UCAAAGCCAAGAAAUUGUCAAACAUCUUGCAUGCCUUCAGUAAAUAUAGACCAGAUUUCAGAUACAUACCAUAUUUAAUUGAUAUUGUAGUAGUUCUUGUCGAGCAUUUAUAAGAAUAUGGUUGUUUCUAGGCCUUGGUAAUCUACUCCAUUAAUAUCAUUAUUGAGUGUUUUUUAAAAUGAUACAGCAGAACUCUAAUUUCGGUAUUUAUAGAAGAUAAAUCUUAUAGAGGCUGUCAUUUUUGAAUAGAAU